CCAAACCAAAAUUUAAUCCGGCCCAUAAUCAAAGCCCAUAGUCAUUUCUACUCUGUUACUCUGAAGAGAUCUUCAACUCCGAUCAGUUCACAUAUACGUACAAAUUCAUAUAUCUAUAGAUUAUCUCCGGCAGAGUAAAUCAACGGUGGCCGGCGAUGGCAUUGGCACCGGGACUAUCUCGGAAGCUGAAAAAAGUAUUGGAAACUCGAACAGACACGCCGGAUCUACUCGCAUCGCUCAAUACUCUCUCCGAAUUCUACACCGAAAACACACCGCAUUCUCGCCGGAACCUCCGAUCCACUAUUGAGAAGCGUUCGCUAUCUAUUAACGAAGAGUUCCUCCUUUCCUCCGCAGCUGCUCAGAAGGCGUUGGAUCGAGUGGAAAAAGAAGUUAAUGAGAUCGUUGAAUGCUGUGACAAAAUUGCACUGGCUUUAAGCAGUUGCAAUGCCACGACUGCCGAUAUUAUCAGUACCACAGAACGGCUAAAACAGGAAUUUGAAGUUACUACACAGAGGCAAGAAAUUGUGUCAUGCUUUCUUCGUGAUUAUCAGCUAUCCCCGGAAGAGAUUAAUGCUUUACGGGAAGAAGACCUGGAUGAGAAUUUUUUUAAGGCACUUGCUCAUGUUCAAGAAAUCCAUGCCAACUGCAAAGUGCUUCUCAGGACACACCACCAACGUGCUGGUUUGGAGCUCAUGGAUAUGAUGGCCACGUAUCAAGAAGGAGCAUAUGAACGUCUUUGCAGGUGGGUUCAGACAGAGUGUAGGAGACUCGGUGAUGUUGAUAACCCUGAAGUUGGCGAACUUCUGAGAACAGCAGUCAGGUGUCUUAAAGAAAGACCAGUGCUUUUUAAAUAUUGUGCUGAAGAGGUGGCAAACAUGAGGCACAAUGCUCUGUUUAGAAGAUUUAUAAGUGCUCUUACACGCGGAGGACCUGGUGGACUUCCCAGGCCAAUUGAAGUGCAUGCUCACGAUCCUUUAAGAUACGUUGGUGACAUGCUGGGAUGGUUGCAUCAGGCAUUGGCAUCUGAAAGAGAGCUUGUCCUUGGAUUGCUUGAUCCUGAUGCAUCAGAUACUAGACCAACUAGUCAUCACUACUCCAAAGGCAUAGACUGCGAGUCUGGGAAGACAGAAUCUGACUUGACUUUUGUUCUAGACAGGAUUUUUGAAGGAGUUUGCCGCCCUUUUAAAGUUAGAGUGGAACAAGUUUUGCACUCUCAACCUAAUCUUAUAAUUUCUUACAAGCUUAGCAAUACACUGGAGUUCUAUUUCUACACGAUAUCGGAUUUGCUGGGGAUAGAAACAUCUCUAUGUAAUACCUUACUGGUUCUCAAGGAAGCAGCGCAGAAAACAUUUUUUGACAUACUAAAGAGUCGAGGCGAGAAGCUUUUGAGGUAUCCUCCAUUGGUAGCUGUUGAUCUUUCUACACCACCAGCUUUAAGGGAAGGAGUUUCAGUGCUGCUUGAAAUUAUUCAAACACAUGAUAGCAUGAUGAUUCCUGCAUCAGGAAAGAAGCCUGACUUUGAUCCAGUUAUAUCUGCUUUGCUAGACCCUAUUAUUCAGAUGUGUGAGCAAGCAGCAGAGGCGCACAAAUCAAAAGGUUCCAUACACUCCUCAAGAAGGAAUAGAAUUACAUCUGAUCCAAGUCAACACCGCAGGACAUCUGUGGAUGCUCUUCUGGAUGGCAACAGUUCAGCACCUUUACCGCAGACCAGUGAAACUCCUGCCAAAAUUUUCCUAAUCAACUGUUUAUGUGCCAUCCAACAACCACUUUUAGGACAUGAAGUUGCAGGUGGCUAUGUGAAGAAGUUAGGUGUGAUGAUUGACAAUCACAUAAAUGCUCUUGUGGAAAAAGAAGUUGAGGCUAUUCUAAGAAGAUGUGGUUUAGUAAAUAAGAUGUCACAUUUCCGCAAGUCAUUAGAAAUUAAUGAAUCUGACUACUCCAUAACUAGGACACCAUUAGCAGAACAAGAGGAUACAUCUCCAGUUGCUGUUGCCGAGAGUUUGAAGAGUUUAUUUGGUCUCAUUUUGGGCAGUGAAACUGCGAUUCCUGAAUUUGAGCAGAUGCAAGUUCCAAGAUUGCGAUCAGAAACUAGUGUUCAGGUAUCUAGGUCACUUGCCGAAGCCUAUGAGCUUAUUUACCGGGCUAUCAUGGACCCUGAGAAUGGCUACCCUGAUCCCAAGUCAUUGGCUAGACAUCCACCUGAUCAGAUAAGAACAAUUUUGGGAAUUUGAUAACGAAUUAUACUUGUAAUUUGUAGUACAUGAUUAUUGUGUCAAAAGUAUGUCUGAUAUUUGUAUUUUUCACUCUUCUAUUUCUUUCUUCAAUAUUUGGUUCGUAUGUUCUUCCUUC